GUGGGUGUUGUAAUUCUUGCAUUAAAAUGUCUCAAUUAAACAGUAUUCUUUCCCGAAUUGGGGAAUUUGGCAGGUUUCAGAAACGUGUGUACGGCUUGCUAAAUUUUCUGGUUGUGUUCAGGUGCUGUCAGAUGUUUUUGUUGGUGUUUGUGGCCGAUAAACCGCGUUGGCGAUGCGGCGGCAACGACGGCCAACCUUUGACCACAAAUGGUAAUUUUCCAUGUUUAGCGAACGGUUCGUUGUGCGAGAGUGUGCAGUUUAGCAGUGAAUUCUCGUCGAUAACAAGCGAAUGGCGACUGGUUUGCGACCAAGAAUACAAGAGAAGCCUCGCAAGUGCCAUAGUAAUGGCAGGCUGUUUUCUUGGAGCUGUCCUCUUUGGUGGAAUGGCGGAUAAGCAAGGACGAAAACAAACCAUUGUCGUGCUGUCGUCGAUAGCUUCGUUCGCCUGCAUCGCCAGUGGAUUUUCACAGAGCUUUGAGCAGUUUCUUUUCUUCAGAUUUGUUGCAGCUGUUAUGUUAAAUGGCUCAAGUACGGCGGUAUUUGUGCUAAUAUCAGAAACGGUUGGACGAAGUUCAAAGGAUAUGUUGUUGACAGCUCAUCAGGCAUUUUAUGCAAUUGGCUAUCUUGUAUUGGGUCUGUUUGCCUACUUCAUUCGAGACUGGAGAUACCUGACAAUCACUGUAUCUCUGCCGAUUGUGUUUUGUUCAGCUUUCCUUCUUCCAAAUGGCCUGUGUGAAUCCCCUCAAUGGCUGGUGGAAAAUGGCAAAAUUGAAGAAGGCAAGCAGUUGUUGAGAGAUAUUGCAAAAGAAAAUGGAGAGGAGAUCUCGGAAACAUCCCUUGAGAAAUUGUCCAGCGAUGCACCUAAAACCAAUGUAAAAAACAGCCAAAGUAACACAAGUGUAUUUGCAAGACCAGGUUAUCUUAAAAAGGUUUUAAUUUUGUCGGCAACUUGGCUCUUUCUUGCAAUGAUGUAUUAUGGUUUGUCAUUCGCCUCGGGCAACCUCAGCAGCAACAAAUACAUAAGUUUUAGUUUAUGUGGAUUGGUCGAGAUCCCAGCUCUAUUUCUCAGUAUGUGGUUUAUAAAGUCUGGCCGAAGAAAGCCGUUGAGCUGCCUUGCUCUGAUUGGAUCACUUGCUUGUCUUGUUUGUGGAUGGUUACAAGGGAUGGAUCAGUCAAACAUGAACAUCAUAACAGUGCUGGCUCUGCUGGGAAAAUUUGGCGUGGCAGCUUGUUACAACAUAAUAUAUAUCUUCUCUGCGGAGCAUUUUGGUGCCUCUGUAAAGGGCUUUUCCAUGGGUAUAUUUUCAAUUGCAGCUAGCAUUGGUAGUAUUCUGGCACCACUAGUUAUUGGUCUUGAGGUUUAUGAUAAAAGAAUACCCAUGGUGUGUUUUGGUAUUGGGGCCAUAUUUGCUGCUGGGUUAGUACUGACAUUACCUGAAACUGUGAAGGUUUCUAAAUCUCGUAAGACAAAGUGAAUGGGCUAGGAAUUCCUCCAAACAAUAGCUUCUUAGGUUCGCCUUAUCAAUUAAAUAACACAACGAACAACACAAAUGUAACAACACACAUGUU